AUCAGAUCAGCGGUCAUGGUGAUGUUCAACCGGCGAUAUAUUUUUAUUUAAACUCAAACUUAAAUCUCUGAUUGCAUAUGUUUAUACAUUUUUGCAGGUAUAAAUUCAAUGGGUUCAAUAAUCAAGUGAUAUUUCAUUUUAAAACUCUGAACUUGGUGUUGCACAACAGUCGUUAUCUUUGCACGGGCUUAGAUUCUAGGAUCGUGGCUGAAACCCGAGAUGUCGGGCCACGGCUCUGAUGACGAAGAGAAGCCUUGUCGGGCAUGUUCCGAUUUUAAAUCGUGGGCCAAGUCGCAGAAGCCCUUGAAACCUGGUGCUCUGAAAAAGGAUUCUUCUCCCAAGCCACCCCGGAAGGACUGCCCGUUAGACAAGGAAGAGCUUGGGCAAGCAACAUGGGGCUUCCUACACUCCAUGGCCUCCUACUACCCGGAGAAACCCACAAAGGCUCAGGCCAAAUCUAUGACACAGUUCUUCAAUAUCUUCUCCCAAUUUUAUCCUUGUGAGCCAUGUGCGUUAGAUUUUAGGGAAGAUUUAAAAGAAAACCCUCCUCAGACCGGCUCAAGAAAUGCACUAGCAAAAUGGCUGUGUGAGCGACACAACACAGUGAAUGAGAAACUUGGUAAACCAGCAUUUGACUGCAGCAAAGUGCAUGAGAGGUGGAAAGAUGGCUGGCUUGAUGGUUCCUGUGACUGACGGAUAAAACCCAUAUCUAGAAAUAGUUGUAUUUUGAAGUGAAACAAAACCUCAAGAGGCCAUAUAGGUACUAAAGUCAUAUGCUUGCUGCAAUAUGUAGUUAGCUUCAGUGGAAAUCAUAUCAUCAUAAAUACCGAGUCACCAACCCUCUGACAUAAACUUGCAUAAGCAAAUAAUUCUUUUGGUCUUAAUUUUAUUCAUUAGAGCAGCGGUCGGCAACCUUUUAGCAGCCAAGGGCCACAUAGCAGUUAAAGAAGUUGACGCGGGCCGCACUUUGUUAAUAUUUAUGACUUAUCAUACAUUGUCAUUUAUCAAUAUUACAUACAAAAUAGCCAGAGGGAGGCUCGCGGGCCGCUGGUUGCCGACCGCUGCAUUAGAGGAAUUAUUUUAGAUUUCCGUUUUUUUUAAGUUUCGUAAACUGUUUUCAUUGUUAUGCCGCAAUAAUAAGAUUUGAUAAUAGUUGUAAAUGUCUGAUGCUUUUGUUAUCUGUCUGAAUUUAUUCACGUUAGAAUACUUUGCUGUUUGUUUUAAAUGACGAAAAGUAUUUUAAACCAAAAUAUUUUACCUGCUUUAGUUAAUUUUAUGUAGUUACAUAAGAUUUAAAAUUGUAUUGUGCCUGAUAAGUCCCAAGUGUUAUUUAUUAUUCAGUUUUUUUGGUGAUAUAUAAACGUGUUUAAACAUGGCAGUCGUUUUGUAUUUCUUUUUAACCAUGUUACUGUUUAGGCUUGGGAAAUUUUGAGACCUUACUUGUAGGGCCUUAAGAGCGUGAACCUAUAGUACUUAUUUUCUUUCCUGCAUUCCAUCUUCUGUUUCAUAUAGUCAAAGGUUAUAAAAUGAUUCUUUACUAUUUUUAACCCUUUGAAUGCCAAGAACGCCUAAAGACGUCGUUACUUGUCGUGCCCACAGUGCCAAGGACAAUUUUAUUAUAGGUGUCAUAACACCACCUUGUGACGCUGUCCAAGUAACCUUCACACUUACUAAGGUUUACAUUAGCACGCUUGCGCCCGAAGAUUGGCGUUUGAGAGAUGUUCGUGUUUAUGACGAAGUGUUCAAAAUGUUAAGAAUUUUUAUGAGCUCUAUUUACAGCAAUACAAAUGAAUCCUUUUGAUGAAUGUACAUGAACUGAACAUUCAUUAUGAUAAUGUGUGAAAAAAUAAUGGCCUGUAAAUGAUUUUCACUAAAAUAGAUGGCGUUGUCAUUGCCAUAUAUUUAAUGUACAGUGCUGUGAUAGUCAAUGUAAUCCAGUGAACACUGUGAACAUGCUUUG